AUGACUUCGAGAUUCAAUCGCGAGAAAUUCUCCAAUCGUGCAACAAUCAAGGUCCCCGAAGACCCUGCUGACCAGGACACCCAGGGCAACCAGCAGGAAGGGGUUGCCAGUAUGGAGCCUAACGCUCAGCGCGAAUUUGCGGCGCAGGGUAACCAGGCCUCAAGUGGAAGUUUCCAAACCGGGACUUGGGCGGCCCCCGAAACUGCUGAGAGACGUGGAACCAGAUACUCAUUCACCCAUGACGAGCUGGCUGAUCCCGACGAGUAA